UGGCAAGUAAGCCGAGCUCGAGAGCGAGCUAGGAUCGAUGGCGUCGGCGCCGGAGACGACGAUGGCGGUGGCGCCGUCGGGGAGCCGGCGGAGCAUGAGCUGGGGCUCCUCCAUCUCGCAGUCGUUCCGGCAGGUGGAGGCGGAGGACCCCUUCGGGCGCGCGCAGUCGCAGCAGGGGCACGACGACGACGAGGAGAACCUCCGGUGGGCGGCGCUGGAGAAGCUCCCCACCUACGACCGCAUGCGCCGCGGCGUCAUCCAGAGCGCCCUCCUCCACGGCGGCCACGACGACGGCAACGCGGCGGUUGCCGCCGCCGCAGCAGGUGGCAAGAUGGAGCUCGUCGACAUCCAGAAGGUCGCCGCCGGCAACCUCGGCCGCGCCCUCCUCGACCGCGUCUUCCAGGACGACAGCGAGCGGUUCCUCCGCCGCCUCAGGGACCGCUUAGACAUGGUGGGCAUCGAGCUCCCGACGAUCGAGGUGCGGUACGAGCAGCUGUCGAUCCAGGCCGACGUGUUCGUCGGCAGCCGCGCGCUCCCCACGCUGACCAACGCCGCCACCAACGUCUUCCAGGGUCUUAUCGGACGAUUUGGUUCCUCAAACAAGAGGAACAUUAACAUAUUGCAGCAAGUUAGUGGCAUCCUCAAACCAUCCAGAAUGACACUUCUUCUUGGACCUCCAUCCUCUGGAAAGAGCACACUUAUGCGAGCACUUACAGGAAAGCUUGAUAAAAACCUCAAGGUCUCAGGCGAUAUCACUUACUGUGGACACACAUUUUCUGAGUUCUAUCCUGAGAGGACGAGUGCGUAUGUCAGUCAGUAUGACCUUCACAAUGCAGAGAUGACUGUAAGAGAGACAUUGGAUUUCUCUCGGAGAUGCUUAGGCAUUGGUGCAAGAUAUGACAUGCUUGCAGAACUCGCCAGGAGAGAGCGUAAUGCAGGCAUUAAGCCGGAUCCUGAGAUUGAUGCUUUCAUGAAGGCUACUGCAGUGCAAGGGCAUCAAACAAAUAUCAUUACAGAUGUUACUUUGAAGGCACUUGGUUUGGACAUUUGUGCUGAUAUUAUUAUUGGGGAUGAGAUGAUUAGAGGAAUUUCUGGUGGACAAAAGAAGCGUGUGACAACAGGGGAGAUGUUAACAGGGCCAGCACGGGCAUUGUUCAUGGAUGAAAUAUCCACCGGUCUAGAUAGCUCUAGCACAUUUGAGAUUGUAAAGUUUAUUGGACAUUUGGUACAUGUGAUGAAUGAGACUGUGAUGAUCUCCCUCCUCCAGCCACCACCGGAGACAUACAAUCUUUUCGACGACAUAAUUCUACUAUCAGAAGGAUAUAUAGUCUAUCAUGGACCACGCGAGAACAUAUUGGAAUUCUUUGAAAAUGCUGGUUUUCGGUGCCCUGAAAGAAAAGGAAUUGCUGACUUCCUUCAAGAGGUCACCUCCAAGAAAGACCAACAGCAGUACUGGUACCGUGACCAUGAACAAUAUCGGUAUGUGUCAGUCCCAGAGUUUGCAGAUCGUUUCAAAUCAUUCCAUGUGGGUCAGAAAAUGCAGAAGGAACUGCAAAUUGCUUAUGACAAAUCUAAAACACAUCCAGCUGCAUUGACAACUACCAAGUAUGGGCUAUCCAGUUGGGAAUCACUCAGGGCAGUGAUGUCAAGAGAGUGGUUGUUGAUGAAGCGUAACUCCUUCAUCUAUAUUUUCAAGGUCACCCAAUUGAUCAUCCUUGGUUUCAUGUGCAUGACUGUGUUCCUUAGGACAAAGAUGCCUAGUGGGACCAUCGCUGAUAGCACAAAAUUUCUUGGGGCUCUCACUUUUAGUUUGAUCACCAUCUUGUUCAAUGGCUUUGCUGAGCUACAACUAACCAUAAAGAAGCUUCCAGUGUUCUACAAACAUAGAGAUUUUUUGUUCUUCCCUGCAUGGACCUUUGGAUUAGCAAACAUUGUCCUUAAAAUUCCUGUUUCUCUUGUUGAGGCUGCGGUAUGGGUUGUGCUCACAUACUAUGAGAUGGGAUUUGCACCCUCUGCAGGAAGGUUCUUUCGUCAGUUUAUAGCUUUCUUUGUUACUCACCAAAUGGCAAUGGCUAUGUUCCGGUUUCUUGGUGCUAUUCUGAAAACAAUGGUUGUGGCCAAUACUUUUGGUAUGUUUGUGUUGCUUAUUGUCUUCAUCUUUGGAGGUUUUCUCAUACCAAGAAAUGACAUCAAACCAUGGUGGAUUUGGGGUUACUGGGCAUCUCCUAUGAUGUAUAGUCAACAAGCAAUAUCAGUCAAUGAAUUCCUUGCUAGUAGAUGGGCACUUCCAAAUACAGAUGCAACGAUUGAUGCACCAACAGUCGGCAAGGCUAUUCUUAAAUCCAAAGACUUAUUUACAACCGAUGCAGGGUUUUGGAUUUCCAUUGGAGCCCUUAUAGGAUUCCUUGUAUUAUUCAAUAUCUUAUACAUUUUGGCCCUUACAUACUUGAGUCCUGGUGGCAGCUCAAACACAGUAGUUUCAGAUGAAGAUAGUGAAAAUAAGAUAGACAUGAAAGCAAAAAAUGAACAGCAAAUGUCCCAAAUUGUACACAACAAUGGAGCCGACAAUGCAUCUGCAACAUCGUCGAUCCCCAUGAAUGGUAGCAGAUCAACAAAUCGGCAAAUUCGAUCACAAAUUGUAUUGCCAUUCCAACCCCUUUCACUUUGUUUCAACCAUGUGAACUACUACGUGGAUAUGCCAGCAGAAAUGAGGGAGCAAGGUUUCACAGAAAGUCGUCUUCAAUUGCUCUCUGAUAUUAGUGGAGUUUUCAGGCCAGGUGUUCUAACAGCAUUGGUUGGUGUGAGUGGAGCUGGCAAGACCACUCUAAUGGAUGUCUUAGCAGGAAGGAAAACUAGUGGAGCAAUUGAAGGAGAAAUUAUCCUCUCUGGUUAUCCCAAGAAACAAGAAACUUUUGCACGCAUCAGUGGUUACUGUGAACAGACUGAUAUCCAUUCACCAAAUGUUACUGUAUAUGAAUCCAUUCUCUACUCAGCAUGGCUGCGUCUUUCCUCAGAUGUUUACACCAAUACGAGAAAGAUGUUCGUGGAUGAAGUCAUGUCCCUUGUAGAACUUGAUGUGUUGCGCAAUGCUAUGGUGGGUCUUCCUGGAGUUAGUGGAUUAUCAACCGAACAAAGAAAGAGACUCACAAUUGCCGUGGAGCUGGUAGCAAACCCUUCAGUAAUAUUUAUGGAUGAGCCAACUUCUGGACUUGAUGCUAGAGCUGCAGCAAUUGUCAUGCGAACCGUCAGAAAUACGGUCAACACAGGGCGUACUGUAGUUUGCACAAUUCAUCAGCCCAGCAUUGAUAUUUUUGAGUCUUUUGAUGAGCUUCUUCUAUUGAAACGAGGAGGGCAAGUUAUUUAUGCCGGUGAACUUGGUCGCCACUCUCAUAAAUUAGUUGAAUAUUUUGAGACAAUUCCAGGUGUUCCGAAAAUCACAGAGGGAUAUAAUCCUGCAACCUGGAUGCUAGAAGUUACCUCCCCUAUAGCCGAGGCUCGCCUCAAUGUAAAUUUUGCUGAAAUUUAUGCUAGUUCUGAGCUUUACAAGAAAAACCAAGAGCUAAUCAAGGAAUUGAGCACUCCCCCUCCAGGAUAUCAGGAUCUGUCAUUUCCUACUAAGUAUUCUCAAAAUUUCUAUAAUCAAUGGAUUGCAAACUUUUGGAAGCAAUAUCACUCUUAUUGGAAGAAUCCACCAUACAAUGCCAUGCGUUAUCUUAUGACAAUGCUCAAUGGCCUUGUAUUUGGCACGGUGUUUUGGCAAAAAGGAACUAAAAUAUCCUCCCAACAAGAUUUGAGUAAUUUGCUUGGAGCCACUUAUGCUGCUACCUUCUUCCUUGGAGCUGCCAAUUGUAUCACAGUUCAACCUAUUGUGUCAAUCGAGCGAACAGUCUUCUACCGUGAAAGGGCAGCAGGGAUGUACUCUCCAUUGUCUUAUGCAUUUGCCCAGGCAUGCGUGGAGGUCAUCUAUAACAUCUUACAGGGGAUUCUAUACACUGUUGUCAUCUACGCAACGAUAGGAUAUGAAUGGAAAGUCGAUAAAUUCUUCUAUUUCAUGUUCUUUAUAGUUGCGAGCUUCAACUAUUUCACAUUGUUUGGGAUGAUGUUGGUGGCAUUGACUCCAUCUGCAAUGCUCGCAAAUAUUCUCAUAUCCUUUGUACUUCCUCUAUGGAAUCUUUUUGCUGGGUUUAUCCUUGUUAGGCCGUUAAUACCGAUUUGGUGGAGAUGGUACUACUGGGCAAACCCUGUGUCGUGGACCAUCUAUGGUGUCGUGACAUCACAAUUUGGUAAAAAUGGUGAUUUGCUUUCGAUUCCUGGUGGGAACUCUAAGGUAGUGAAGCAAUUCUUGGAGGAAAACCUAGGCAUGCGACAUAGUUUUCUCGGUUAUGUUGUGCUUGCCCAUUUUGGCUACAUCAUUGUCUUCUUCUUCAUCUUUGGUUAUUCCAUCAAGUAUCUCAACUUCCAGAAACGAUAGAGAUGGUUCGCUAUGGCUUAGAAUGGCAUUAUGUUUGGUCAUUGAUGCCAUUUACAACUAAAGGAGCUACUACACAAUACCACUGUGGCAUGACACAACGACUUAGUUAACUUAGGACUAGUAUACGUAGCAUGUUAUAGUUUGUAAACAUUCACUUCAUGUAUCAAUAUGUACAUCAAUUAUAUUCCAUGUCCUAGUUAUGAUUUCUUCUCCCACUUGCCAAUUGAUGAACCAUCCUAGACUGUAUAUACUUAAUACAGAAUUAUAAAAACUAGCACAUGAGUGUAAAAAUAUGUCGUCUAAGGCAAAUGUAAUUUUACAAUUAGUGUACAUACAUUUCUAGUUGUUGGUCUUGUUCAGCAAUGUUAACAACUUUGCAUCUAGAAUUCUAUGACACGAAGGGACUCUAAUGUACCCUAGAGGAGGAGUAAAUAGGGAGAAAAUUGCAUAUCUACCAUUGUAAACAAAGGGAUUCGCUGAAAUGCCAUUAUGUA